AUGUUAUCAAAAGUCCAGAAACGAAGAAUCAUCGACUUGUACAUUGAUAUUGGCAAUUGCAACAUAGUGGCUGAAAGGUUGGGUCAUUCUGUUAAGACUGUACUGAAAGUGAUCAAAGCAACUCCACGGAAGCAAAGAAAACGACCACCACGUCCCAAGUUAAUAGAUGAACGAAUUGGAAGACAAAGCAUACGAUCAUUUCAGCCAAAAUUACUUCCGGACAUCUAG